GACCUGCAGUGCCAUCCUGACAGAAGCGGCAGCAGGACAAAGGGCCAGUGUAGCAGGACUGCUGUGUGUGAGGACUUCGAGGAGGACAGUGCUUGUUGAACUGACUGUUUGAGAACUGAGACUUUCUGUGACUACGGCAAAGCCAUGGAUGCUGAGGACAUGGACGGUGCAGCCACAAUGGCGGAAGACAUUCAAGGUGCAGGUGCUGCAGCGCCGGAAAUGGACAUUGAGGAAGGUAACCCUGUCUCACAGCUUCAGUCCCAGAUAUUGGAGUUGGGACGUAGACAUGAUGAAGUAAUGUCAGCCCUUGCAAACAUGACUAAUGUUCAUACUAGAUCCUAUGUGUAUAUCCCAAGGGAGAAACAAAUUGUACCUUUCAGUGGGGAUCCAGGUAAGGACUGCCAAAAUGUUGAUGAGUUCAUUGAGGAACUGGGGAGGGUUAUAAGAGUGAGGGGGUUGAAUACUGAGGAUCAGGUAGAUUUUAUCCUCUCCCACUUAAGGGGUUCAGCACUAGAUGAAAUCAGGUUGUGUAUGGGGGGGGAAGAUAAAUCAGCUGAAGACCUGUUCUCAUAUUUGAGGGCAGCUUUCAGGGAAAAGCGUAGCACCUCCCAGUUGUUGCACACAUUUUAUGCACGAAAACAAUUGGAAGGUGAGGAUUUUCGUGAUUUUUCACAUGCACUGUCAUUGAUGUUAAAUGCUGCACUGCAACAAGCACCACAUUGUGUUCCAAAUGUGCAGUUGGUUUUGAGAGACCAGUUUAUAGAAGGGGUGAGGGAUUCAGCACUCCGGAGGGAACUGCGCAAGGUGGUCAGAGAGCGACCUCAUGCUACAUUAUUCGAAGUUCGUGAGGAGGCCCUUUUGUGGUGCUCAGAAGAGAGACCUCGUCCAGCUAAUGUGGCCCGAAACCGAAACCUAGUGAGUGUGGAGGAAAGUGUAGAGCAUGCAAGGAUGACCGCCACUGUACCAAAUGACUUGCCCUACAACCUACAAGAGUCGUACGUACCUGCUGCCUCAGUGGCUACAAUUCAGGCCAGAGCACAUAAAGAACUAGCUGAAAACAGAAACUUAAGGUUGUUUGAGCCAGGUAAGGCAUCAUUGCCAAGUGGCUUGGUCCUGAUUCCCACCUUGGUAUCACCCGGUAGGCGGGUAUUCCCAGUGCAGGUAGUAAACUUGUCCCCAGAAGAUCGGCGUACCCCUGCCCAGCAGGCAGAGCUGAAGGCGCUUCUGAGGGGAUACCUGGACAUGUUUGCCAUCACUGAUGAAGACCUCGGUUAUACUGAACUGGUAAAGCAUGAGAUUCCCUUGAACGAAGACCUUCCUGUCUCACAGUCAUACCGACGUAUACCACCAAACCAAUUCCAGGAGGUGAAGGACCAUAUCUCUGGACUUCUCAAAAAGCGUGUCAUCCAAGACAGCUCCAAUGAGAGUCUGGAUGCUUUGAGUAAGGCCAAGAUGUUCUCGUCUAUUGACCUAGCGAGUGGCUAUCACCAGGUAGCAGUUCAUGAGAAGGACCGCCACAAAACCUCUUUCAUUACACCAUUUGGCCUGUAUGAGUACCAGCGGAUGCCGUUUGGCCUAUAUAAUGCGCCAGCGACAUUCCAACGUCUCAUGUAG